GCAGGAUGUAAAUCGCCGGCCAAAGGAGUGCAGAACUGCAACAGAGGUGCGAAGAGGGAAAUUGGAUGGGAGCAGUGGGUCAGUCUUGAAUUCAUUGGGGACCUCUACCAUACACAUGCAGUCAUCAUGCUCAGCCAUUUCAUCCGAAUCCUUUUCCAUGCUUUUGUCCGUGUUCUUUGGAGCUGCAUAGAAAUCCGUUUUCAAAUCAGGACGUACCUUCUACUUUUCUCGCGGUCAUGCCUAGUUCGUCUGCGUUCAGGUCAUUCUUUUCCAGUCGUAUUAGUAGAAGUGUUGUUUGGAGAAACCGCGUUGAGAAUAGCCGACUUAGAUCAUCCUUCUGCUUGGAGCAAUCGACGAGGCGCGAUCCGAAUACGCCAUGUUCGGAAGCAUGUCCUGGGGUUUCUUAAAUCGGCUUUUGGCGGCGUCGAUAUUGAUCGGGGAAUGAAGUUACGGAUGAUGAUAUGGCCACAUAGAUCAGAUAAUUAUCUCACCUUUCCGGUUGGGUGGAAUUGGAGCGGGAUUUGUCUAGAGAAUCCCGGGCACAAUAAUUCAUAUGCAAUGGAUUGUGCCUUUUAGCCAGAGAUAUUGAAAGCUUGCUCCGGCGAUGUAGGAAAUAGCUCCCGCUGAAUCGAGUUCCCGAAGACUGAUUUGGAAAUGGGAAUAAUUCAGUGGAACAACGUUUCUAAAACCGAUAGUGAUUACUUCUCAUCAGGAGCGAAACUACUCGUUUCUUCGCAUCGCUAAACAUUUUUGAGGCGCCAGGCGCCUAAUCAGAUAU